AUGAGGACGGUCGCCUUAAUUAGUGGUGGGAAGGACAGCUGCUACAACAUGAUGCAGUGCGUUGACGCCGGGCAUACGAUCGUGGCCCUGGCCAACCUCCAACCGACCCAUAAAGAUGAACUGGAUAGCUAUAUGUAUCAGACAGUUGGUCAUCAAGGUAUAGAAUUGUAUGCUGAGGCUAUGGGCUUACCGCUGUAUAGAGAAGCUAUAUCAGGGGUAGCUGUAGACCAGGGCCGAUAUUAUAAACCAACGGAUAAUGAUGAAGUUGAAGAUUUGUUUAGAUUACUCUCUAGGAUUAAGAACGAACUUGAUAUAGAGGCGGUUGCUUGUGGUGCCAUAUUGUCAGAUUACCAAAGAAUCAGAGUUGAGAAUGUAUGUCAAAGACUCGGCUUAGUCUCACUCGCAUAUUUAUGGAGAAGGAAUCAAAAAGAACUAUUACAAGAGAUGAUAAAUUGUGGUGUGGAAGCUAUCAUUAUUAAGGUAGCAGCCCUAGGCCUGGAUCCUAGAAUACAUCUAGGAAUGACUAUCAAGGACAUUCAGCCUCAUCUGCUAGUCAUGAAGGAGAAGUAUGGACUUAAUGUGUGUGGGGAAGGCGGAGAAUACGAAACAUUUACACUCGACUGUCCUCUGUUUAAGAAGAAACUAGUUAUAGACGAAAAGCAAAUGGUGAUACAUAGCGAGGACCCUGUGGCCUCUGUCGGUUAUUUAAAUUUAAAACUGCAUCUAGAAACUAAGGAGAACUACGACGAAAAAAUCAAACUACCUCCAAUUGUUAAAAACUCAUUAGAUUUUGUAAAAGAUUUGAGCGAUACAGUAUUUAGUGAUAUAAGUGAUGUGGAACUGAGCGAGACGGAAAUAGAAUCUAUUGAGAUGUUAGAGCAAGAGGAGAAGAUCAAACAGAACGAUCAGAAUCCUUUACUAACGUACGCUGGUGACAACGAAGUCGAUUUGGAUACUACUGACAGUCAAAACUACACUGAUAGUUUAGAAGAUGGUUACUUUUACGACGAAGUACAUGAUGCAAGUGAAAUGCAUCCAGUAAAAGACCAUAGAUCUAUAUAUGGCGGUAAACAAGGCUGGUACUUUAUCGGUGGUGUUGUCGGCGACGGGGUAGAUACGACUUUAGCAACGGAGGACGCUAUGAAAAAACUCAUUAGUUUACUAACGUCAGUGAAUCUUGAACUACAACAUAUAUGUUCUGUGAACAUUUACAUGAGGUCUAUGGAGGAAUACAACGAAUUGAACGAAGUCUACGUUAAGACAUUUUCGUUUCCAAAUCCUCCAACACGUGUUUGUGUACAAUGCCCUCUACCGCCAGACGUUGGACUUAUAAUGGACGCGGUUGCCUACAAACAAAACGACGAAUUUGUCCAAGAAACCGAUGGAAUGGUGAAGGAACGAACAACGAUGCACGUACAGGGAAUAUCACAUUGGGCUCCAGCUAAUAUUGGACCUUAUAGUCAAGCUGUUAAGGUGGGCGAAUUGGUGGGCACGUGUGGUCAGAUAGCACUGGUGGCGGGCUGUAUGCGUCUGUGUCGCGGCGGGGCACGUCCGCAGUGCGCGCUGGCCCUGCGUCAUCUGACACGAGUACUGCGCGCGGCUCACCCCCGCGCUCACAUACGGAGCGUUGUACAGAGUGUGUGCUAUGUGACGUCACGCGGCGCCGCUCGCGAGGCGCGGCGUCAGUUGGAACGUCGUACGGCGGGCGCCAUAGUGCAGUGUGCAGUCGUUGACGCUCUGCCACGAGGAGCGGCCGUCGAAUGGCAUGCUUGGGCUCACGCUGAUAAUAAUAGAUUUGAUUAUGAGGAGACUGGUUGUAAUGUGGGUGACUACAAAGUGGCUAUUAAUAGAAGAUGGAAUUAUGAGAAUACUGUUGCUGCUAUUGUGUGCUAUGUUUCCACUGGUUCGAGUCCAUCAACGUGUCAGGUGUCGUUCCCUGACGCGGCGUCGUGUGACCGUCACCGAGCCAGCGCCACGCACAUGACGUUACAAGACCUAGAGGGCGUCAUGGAGUAUGUACUGAGGAAACUACUCAACGACUGUCAUAAAGAUGACGCAAGUGACGAACCGGCUCUGUAUGUCAGGAUAUUCUAUCAGGUGUGGGGCUCCCCUUCUCCUAAUCGUAUGUGGUCAGCGUGUGAGUCGGCCGCUAGUAGGUGUCGUGCGCGCGUGUCCCUCACUCUAGUGCCGGUGCCGGCGCUACACAACGCGUUCGCUUUCCUCUCAAUCAGCGGACUUCGGCUGCAGGAAUGA